CGGCCCCCCCUCCCAGCCCCCGCAGCCCGCGGUCCCACCCAAGCCUGUGCAAUGCGUCCACCACGUGUCCACUCAACCCAGCUGCCCGGGGCGGGGCAAGAUGUCCAAGCUGCUGAACCCAGAGGAGAUGACCUCCAGAGAUUAUUACUUCGACUCCUACGCCCACUUUGGGAUCCACGAGGAAAUGCUGAAGGAUGAGGUGCGGACGCUCACCUACCGGAACUCCAUGUACCACAACAAGCACGUGUUCAAGGACAAAGUGGUGCUGGAUGUUGGGAGUGGCACAGGGAUCCUUUCCAUGUUUGCUGCCAAAGCCGGGGCCAAGAAGGUGUUUGGGAUUGAAUGCUCCAGUAUUUCUGACUACUCAGAGAAGAUCAUUAAGGCCAACCAUCUGGACAACAUCAUCACCAUAUUUAAGGGUAAAGUGGAAGAGGUGGAGCUGCCUGUGGAGAAGGUCGACAUCAUCAUCAGCGAGUGGAUGGGCUACUGUCUGUUCUACGAGUCCAUGCUCAACACGGUGAUCUUUGCCAGGGACAAGUGGCUGAAACCUGGAGGGCUUAUGUUUCCAGACCGGGCAGCUUUGUACGUGGUAGCAAUUGAAGACAGACAGUACAAGGACUUCAAAAUCCACUGGUGGGAGAAUGUCUAUGGCUUUGACAUGACCUGUAUUCGGGACGUCGCCAUGAAGGAGCCCCUGGUGGACAUCGUGGAUCCAAAGCAAGUGGUGACCAAUGCCUGUUUGAUAAAGGAGGUGGACAUUUACACAGUGAAGACAGAAGAGCUGUCAUUCACAUCUGCGUUCUGCCUGCAGAUACAGCGCAACGACUACAUCCAUGCCCUGGUCACCUAUUUUAAUAUUGAAUUUACCAAGUGCCACAAGAAAAUGGGGUUUUCCACAGCCCCCGAUGCCCCCUACACCCACUGGAAGCAGACCGUUUUCUACUUGGAAGAUUACCUCACUGUCCGGAGGGGGGAAGAAAUCUACGGGACGAUAUCCAUGAAGCCAAAUGACAAAAACGUGCGAGACCUCGAUUUCACAGUAGACUUGGAUUUUAAGGGACAGCUGUGUGAAACAUCUGUAUCUAAUGACUACAAAAUGCGUUAGCACACGUGGGGAGCUGCAGAGAGUGAGCGAGACAGGAACUGUCACCUCGAUCUGCCGCGCUGUCCCAAAGAAUACUGUUUCAGGACUACACACUUGAAAAUCAGAGUUCUCAGCUCUGCCUUGAAGAUUGGUGAACUCAUCAGGGCUCCCGUGGGCCCACCCCUGGACGGAGGGCCCCCAACUCCUCUGCACUGCCCUGGGAGCCCUCCAUGAAGGCUUUGUUGUCACCAACAAAGAGUAGCCUCACGUGCUGGGGCUGGGGCCCCAAGGAUGGAAACAUACCCGUGUAUCCCCAAUGUCCUGCCUAACUGACUCUCUGGAUCUUCCAAGUUUUGCAUGCUGCAGGCACCUAGGACAGAUUGCUUCCACUAGAAUCUGGAGACAUAGUGUCUUUGAUAGCAUAAGCCAGAUUCCCCGUCUGUGCGGUGGUGUAUGGUGCGUGUGUGUGUGUACAGCAUAUAUAUUAGUUUACUUACCCACGAGCGCUGUAUAUGCACACAUAUACAACCAGUGGCCACCCUUACGUAUUCAUUCAGAGGGGUGUGUGCGUGUGUGCGCGCGCGUGCAGACUCGAGGUCACUCCCAGAGGAGAUUCUGUUGCUUUCAAAUAGGAAUUUGUUUCGUGAUUAGUUCUCCCCUUUCCCAUCCCUUUACAGAUGUUAAGCAGCCACGAAUCAUUCUCUGUACUAGCUCUGGUCUCCUUUUGACUAGACCGUGGCUCCGAACCCCGAGCAUAGCUCCACAGACUCUGUGGGCGCUCAAUAAACACACGUGACAACCAA